GUCCCUAGGUUACGAAGGGAAAAAUAAAAUGACAACAAAACAAACCCAAAGUUUUACAGAGGAAUUUAUCUUUCCCGUUAGCCCUUGCCUUAAUGUACAGUAAAACGUGUUAAGAUUACAUAAAAUGCUGAUUGUUGUAACCAGCAGUGGUAAAAUGUUUGGCAUUGACAACAUCAGUGGUAAGCAGCACUGGGUUUGAUACCUUCCGGAGAUAACCAGUUUCGGCAAUGGGCAAAAUAUGAAACUGUUGGUACAGAGAACUUCUCGAUUCUAUCCACUGGCAGCACAAUGCGUUAUCCUUGGUAGAGAUAAACGUACUAAAAAUGGAAUAAUCUAUCAGUUCAAUCCAAUCACUGGACAACCCGUAAACGGAGGAAUCAUUCAGUUGCCGUACAAAAUUUAGCAGAUAACUCUUCUGCACGAGACAGGGCCAGACUUUUUGAAAGGUUUGCUUAUUCUGGAUGAGAAAACCGAAGCUCACGUAUUACCGGAAAGUUCUGCCAAGUACGCUAACAACGCUGAUCGUGAAACUACCACAAUCAGGGGAUAUUUUUAUUGAAUUCCGCUCUGGGAAGCUUAGUACGAUUCCAAUGUGGACCGUAAAUCUCGGGGGAGCAGGAAAGGGACAGAAAAUUAUUGCAAUCGAAGGUGAAAAUCCAAUUGAACAUGUGCACUCACAAGGUCGCGUUUUAGCCGAUCGAUCCGGGAUGUACAAGUACAUCAACCCCAAUCUGGUUGCGGUGGCAACUCAUGGGCCAGACAACAUACAUAAAUACAUUUUGAACAUUCAUCUUUUGGACGUCGUAUCAGGAUCUAUUGUAUUUUCCAUGUCACACAAACGCGUUCGACCACCGCUGCACAUGGUGCACUCUGAAAACUGGCUCGUAUAUUCCUACUAUAAUGACAAAGUUCGCCGAACAGAGAUCUCAUCCCUUGAACUGUACGAAGGCAAAACCCAAACCAAUAGCACCGCGUGGAGUUCAUUGGAUGCCCCUCCGCUGCCAAUGGUGGAGCGACAAACAUACAUUUUACCAGUAGCCGUCGCUUCAAUGAAAGAAACAAUUACCGAGAAGGGCAUUACAAAUAAACAUGUUCUCAUCGGCCUUAGUACCGGUGUAAUAGCUGAAAUGUCCUGGGCAUUAUUGGAUCCUAGGCGCCCAGUGACAUCGCCCGAAAAAGCCCGUGAAGAAGGCAUCAUUCCAUACAUGCCCGAGUUGCCGAUGCCUCACGAGAUAAUCAUCAACUACAACCAGACGAUUGCAAACAUGAAGGGCAUCUACACUGCUCCGUCAGGUCUGGAAAGUUCGUGCCUUGUGUUCGCUCACGGUUUGGACAUAUUCGUUACCAGAGUUGCUCCUUCGAAAACGUUCGAUCUGUUGAAGGAGGAUUUCGAUUACUUUCUAAUCACGGUCGUACUUGUGCUACUCUCUAGCACGUCUUAUAUUGUGAAGCUCUUCGCCUCGAGGGAAGCUGUCAAGCAAGCGUGGAAAUAAAAGGAUAAUGAUAAU